AUGGGCCAGUUUGUGAGAGGCUUUGAAUGCCAGAGAAUCGCAGUUGAUCCUGGGUGUGGAGGCUGGGUGCCUGCGCCGCCCUUCCUCUUCGCAGGGGCGCGGGAGCUGGGGGCGGGGGCCAAGGGACCUGGGUCCCCCGAGGCCGGGAGCGGGAAGUUUAUGAAUCCGCCGGACGCCUUCUCCUGCUUCCCCAGCCUGGGCUUGGCGCUGGAGCCACCCUCUCCGUCGGAGCUGCCCCCGUCGCCGGUGCCCGCGCCGCAGCUGCCAGCCAAGGCGGAGUCGAGCGGGGCCGGGCCUGGUAGGGAGGAGCCGGCGCCCGUCGGACCCGGGCGAGCGGAACCGGGGGCCGGGGGAGCCGUCGGGGGCGGGAGGCGGCGCAAGCGGCCGGUGCAGCGCGGAAAGCCGCCCUUCAGCUACAUCGCGCUCAUCGCCAUGGCCAUCGCGCACUCGGCCGAGCGCCGGCUCACCCUGGGGGGCAUCUACCGCUUCAUCACGGAGCGCUUCGCCUUCUACCGGGACAACCCGCGCAAGUGGCAGAACAGCAUCCGCCACAACCUCACGCUCAAUGACUGCUUCGUCAAGAUUCCCCGCGAGCCGGGCCACCCGGGCAAGGGCAACUACUGGGCCCUGGACCCCGCGGCGCAGGACAUGUUUGACAGCGGCAGCUUUCUGCGGCGGCGGAAGCGCUUCAAGCGCAGCGACCUCAGCACCUACCCGGGCUACUCCCCGACCCCCAGAGCCGGGCCUCCCGCACCGCCCGGGGCCAGCGCUUUCGGGCCGCCCCCGCCGGCGGCUACGGCCCGCGCGCCCCCCUAUCCCGCGUCACUUUACGGAGCGGCCUACGCUGCGGCCCCGACGCCCGCCGUGAUGGGGCCGGGGCCCCAGCCCCUGCAGUCGUAUCCCGGGGCUCCAGGAGCGGCGCCCCCGCCUCCUCCUCUGCCUCCGCCGCGCGUCUUCAGCAUCGACAGCCUCAUCAGCCUCCAGCCCGGCUCCGACGGGGCGGCCUUCCCGGUUUCGGAGCCCGGGCCGUGUUUUCCGGGUCCCGCAACGGCGGCGGCCGCAGGACCGGGUGGUGGGGUUCUCCUGGGCAGGGGGGGCCCGACCUCGGCCCACUCGGUCUCCUACCCUCCCUACCCUGCAUCUCCUCCUCCGUUGCCCGGUUCGAGCUACGCGCCGCCCGGCAGCCCCCAACUGUAUGCGCUGCCCCCCAGGCUGGAGCUGACGACCGCUCUGGCUGGCCACCAGAGCGCCGAGCCCUCGGCGGCUGAGCAGCUGCUGGGCCUGGGCGGCCCCGGCCCCGGCCCGGGCCCUGGGCCCGCCGUCGGCGUCAACGGGCUGAGCCAGUUCGGGCCCAGCGGCGCUUACCUGAGGCAGCCGGGCUUCGGCGCGGGGCUGGAGCGCUACCUGUGAGCUCCCCUCCUCUCAUCCCUCCUUACAUCCUCUUCCAGGAGGAUCCCCUCUAACUCCCUCUGCUCCCUCCCGUGUCUUACCUUGCAGUUCUGCUCUUCACUCCCCCUCCCCCCAAGUUUGCUCCUGCGGGAAGAGGUGAAAGGUGCUGAGGGAAGAGAGGAGGAAAGGGAUCCGGGUGGGUUUGGGGCAAAGCUGAAGCCCUAGGAGUCUCAUUCCAGACCCGAGAUGCCUCGGACAGGUGGUACCCCUGCCAUUCCGCCCCUCUCCUCUCCCGUUCUCUCACUCCGCCCGCUGUAACCUCUCCUUUCCUGUCUCUUGCACCCUGGUUCUUCUUCCUCCAUCCCUCUACUUGGUUCUUCUCUUCUCCUGUUUCAUUCAUUCAGCGAUUAUUUAUUAAGCUCUUCCUUCCCCACUUCUCCCUAUUUCCUCUCCCGUGGACACCGCGCCCUCCUCCCCCAUAGGCGAGCGUGGGGAGGAUAGAACUCCAGAUUGGGUUCAGAUUUUGGAGCUCCCCUCCCAUUCCUAGUCCGCCGCUGCUCCUUCUCUCCUCUCCCACUUCUCCCUUCCCUCAUUUCCUACAGUUUUCGCAGAAGGAGAGACACCUGGAACGUACUUAGUUUUUACAGGAGGAGAGCCGCCUGGGACAUACUUAUCGGUCUCCAGAGAAACUCAGAGGAAUAUAUGACAUUGGGACCCCCACUGCAACCUGACACCCCUCACCCCACCUGCCCAGUUACCUGGAGUUCUUUGUAUUUUCUUUUUUAAGC